AUGGAUAAGUGUUCCAAAAAAAGAAAACCAAUCAAUAUUUAUGCUCACGACCACGAGUCCUCCUCUAGCACCCAGUUCAGCCUUUUCGAACCAAUGUCUGCUAAGAUCCUCACAAUUCUUCAAACCAUCAACGCGAGCAGUCACUCCAUCGUGUGUAUCCUAAUGUCUUCCCAAUAUCGAGACGCGGCGAAAGUGAAAUGUGGACCAAAGCGAACGAGAUAUUAUGUCAAUAAUUCUCAACAGGUUCAUAGAUUUAGUAAGCCAGUUGUCAUUCUCAUCCAAAUAGUGUUGAAAAUGACUGUCAGCACUGCACGGAGCAUACGCAUCCACGUUGUCCAUAUAUCCAAUGCAAUUUUUGUGUUCGAUAUAAGUGAGGACCGCCCAUAUUUGAUUAAUUCCAGAGUCACCAGUGUCAGCAAAUCUGUUCCGCAGAUUAAAAGUAUCCCUGUGAUCCAAGAAGGCGAGUCCUUGGCUUCUGGCAAACUCCUUGUCAUACAGACACCGAUUCUUCCACGGUGGCUUCAACGUGGUAGAAGUCGUCGUCCACCAACUGUUAUCAUCGGUUACUGUAUCAUUCGUGUCGUCGUAAUAGAAGUCGUCUCCAGAAUCCACUGUCAGUGUUGUCGUGACCUCCGAUAA